GGGGACUCUAUGGUGUCUGUUUCCGGUCCCCGAAUCGCCUUCCCUCUGUCGUUCGCUUUCAGUCUUUGCCGCUCUUCCUUCUUCGGCUCGGCGGGGCCCGCGCCUGCCUUGCCAUGGGUGCCUACCUGUCGCAGCCCAGCACGGCCAAGAGCUCCGGGGAUGGUGUCGGAAUUGGGCCGCGCCCGCUUCACUUCGGCUAUAGCGCCAUGCAGGGCUGGCGGGUCUCCAUGGAGGAUGCUCACAACUGCAUUCCCGAUUUAGACAGUGAGACGGCAAUGUUCUCUGUAUACGAUGGCCACGGAGGAGAAGAGGUAGCCCUGUAUUGUGCCAAAUACCUGCCAGAGAUCAUCAAGGAUCAGAAAGCAUAUAAAGAAGGCAAACUACAAAAGGCACUUGAAGAUGCUUUUUUGGCCAUAGAUGCCAAGUUGACAAUGGAAGAAGUGAUCAAGGAAUUAGCACUGAUGUCAGGGCGGUCUCGAGAUGAGGGUGAUGAGAAAGAGAUGAAAGUGGCAGAUGAAGAUGAUGUGGACAAUGAGGAGACUGCCUUGCUGCAUGAGGAGGCUGCAAUGACUAUUGAGGAGCUUCUGACUCGAUAUGGGCAAAACUGUGUCAAGGGCAAGCUGGGCCCACCAGGCAAAGAUGUAACCCAGGAGGAUGCCCAGGAGCCAAGUUUGAAUGGUGAAGUAGAUGCAGAGGAGCCCUCAAGGCGUCAUAAAGAGGGUGAAGAAGAGGAGAAAAAUGGCAAACUGUGCUCUGAGGCCAUCAAUACUGCCCAUGGUCCAGAUGUGGCUGGUGGAGGGGAUGCUGGUACUUGCCAAAAAAAGACAGCUGAGGGAGCAUCUCCUGCCAGUGGUGAGAUGGAGCCAUCCUGCUCGUCUGCAAGCAAGAGCCAGCAAGUGAUCAAGUCAAUGUUCUUUGAGGACAGUGAGGAUGAAUCAGAGGAUGCAGAAGAGGAGGAAGACGACGAUAGUGAGGAAUGCAGUGAGGAUGAGGAUAGCUACAGCAGUGAGGAAGAAGAAUAUGAUACUGAAGAAGCAGAAGAGGAAGAUGAUGAAGACAUGAUGCUCCCAGGAAUGGAGGGCAAAGAAAAGCCUGGUUCAGACAGCGGCACAACGGCGGUAGUAGCACUUAUCAGAGGCAAGCAGCUAAUAGUAGCCAAUGCUGGAGAUUCCCGGUGUGUGGUGUCUGAAGGUGGAAAGGCUGUGGAUAUGUCCUAUGAUCAUAAGCCCGAAGAUGAGGUGGAAUCGGCCAGAAUAAAGAAUGCUGGUGGAAAAGUAACCAUGGAUGGUCGGGUAAAUGGUGGCCUCAAUCUCUCCAGAGCAAUUGGAGAUCAUUUCUAUAAACGUAACAAGAAUUUGCCCCCAGAAGAACAGAUGAUCUCAGCGUUGCCAGAUAUCAAGGUCCUGACAAUCAACGAUGACCAUGAUUUUAUGGUCAUUGCCUGUGAUGGCAUCUGGAAUGUCAUGAGCAGCCAAGAGGUUGUGGAUUUUGUUCAUUCCAAGAUCACACAGAAGAGUGAAGAUGGAGAGUUGCGAUCUCUUUCAUCUAUAGUAGAAGAACUCCUAGAUCGUUGUUUGGCUCCUGACACAUCUGGUGAUGGAACAGGCUGUGACAACAUGACUUGUAUCAUCAUCUCUUUUAAACCACACAUCAAUCAAGGCUCCCCUGCUGAGAGCAGCAAACGGAAACUGGAGGAUAGCACAACAACUAGCCCCACAGAAGAGGGUUGUAGCAAGAAGGCCCGACAGGACUAGCAGCCAAGUUGGGUCAAGUGAUGCCCUCUCUCAAUGAGGUCCGGACCUCUGCAUCAGUCCCACCACCAUCCACGAUACCAAAUAGACCCAGAUCUGACUGCAGCUGGAAAGGGAAAGUUGGUGCAGAAACUGAGCAAAUGAACUGAGAAAAGGGAUACACGGAGAUCAACAAUGGCAGCCCAGUCUCAAUCAUCUUGCCAUAUAUUACCGGUAAUUCCACUGCAUCUUUUCUCCAGCAAACUGUUUACUCUUUCCUGCAGACUCAAUUUCAGUUUAAUGCAAAAACCUCUUCUCCCUCUCUGGCUGUAUGCACUCAACAAAUUUAAGCACUAUGGGUGGACUUACCAGGGGGUUGCCCAUAUAAAGUUGACAAUACACAGAACCAAAUACUGUAAGCCAACCCACCAGGAACAUGUACAUUCAUGCAACCCACUAACUUCGAUCAAUUUAAAAUGUGGUUAAGUAGUUCUGAGGUUUUAUGUUUGUUUUCGGUGACUUAGCCUGAUGUACGAUACCAGUUCAUGCUUUAGCCCAGGAAAGGGAUCAAUUUGGUAAGAAGAUUGGGCAUGCUUUCUGAAUGCAGCCUCUGAAAGCACUUAAAAGAGAGCAUCACAGUCCCUUAACUCAGCUCAGUCUGAAGCAUUUCUCUAGUCUAGUACAGGGG